UGUCAUCGCUUACGUUGUUUUCGUAAGUGAACUCAACGUAUACCAUCAUGGUUAGUGCUUUUGCGUUACUCUGACAAGUAGUUAGAGGAGUGCGUACUAGCUUAACGUUGUUGCAGUGCGAGACGAUAGCAGUAAACACUGAUCCAAGCCAGACGCUACCAUAACUAACGUUAGCUUGAAGACAGUUCUGUUCACGAAGAAACAUCGGGGGUUUGCGGUUACGGGAAAAUAAUGGGAAGGAGUAUUCACGACUCUUUCAACACCGCAAGCCCUUUUUGUCCCCAAACCCCUGUCUCCUCUCCUUCACUGCCAGUAGCCUAGCCAACAGAAGCUAGCUACGAUAGCUGGUUAGCUCACGACCCACCUGCAGCCGUCGUGCGCACACGGAGUAAAAAUGGUGUACCUGUUAAAUCCUCUAGAGAAUCUGAAGACCUACAUAAGCAACCGUCCUCCCCUGGUCAUUUUUAUGGUCAGUGUGAGUGCUGUGGCCAUCACCUUCCUCACCAUAGGGUAUUUCUUCAAGAUCAAAGAAAUCAAAUCCCCUGAGAUGACUGAGGACUGGAACACCUUUCUCCUCCGCUUCAACGAGCUGGACUUCUGCAUCUCGGAGAAUGAGACGCUGAAGCACGGCCUGAACGAGUCCAUCACUCCCGAGAGCACGGUCCCCAGUGGCCAGGGUCGCUCCAGCACCCAGGCGCCCCUCGUGCUGGAGGACCCGGGGCCCAUCAACAUCUCCGUGCCCAUCACGCUCACUCUAGAUCCCCAGCGGCCGUUUGGGGGCUACUCCCGCAACAUCACCCACCUGUAUGCCACCAUACUGGGCCAGCAGGUUGGCCUAACUGGAAGGGAAGCUCACGAGGAGAUGAACAUAACUUUCACCCUGCCGGCGUCCUGGAACUCAGACGACUGUGUUCUGCAUGGCCACUGUGAGCAGGUGGUGUUCAGCACGUGCAUGACCAUCACUGCAGCCAGCAAUGCCUUUCCCGUCACAGUGCAGCCACCCCACUGUGUCCCAGAGACGUACUCCAAUGCCACGUCGUGGUACAAGAUCUUCACGACGGCCCGGGACUCCGACACCAAGUACACACAGGAUUACAACCCAUUCUGGUGUUACAAAGGAGCUAUUGGAAAGGUGUAUCAUGCGCUAAACCCCAAACUCACCGUCAUUGUCCCAGAUGAUGACCGCUCCCUGAUAAACCUUCACUUAAUGCACACCAGCUACUUCCUGUUUGUGAUGGUGAUCACAAUGUUCUGCUAUGCAGUCAUUAAGGGUCGGCCUGGAAAAGUAAGAGCGAACAACUCAGACUUCUGCCCUGAGAAGAUGAUUCAUUCUCCCCGAGGUAACUGCCCAAACACUAGCCACAUGUUUCACUCCAAGACAGCCCAGAAUGUUUGCAACCCAGGACAACCUCAACCAUCCUACAAAAGUGGCCUUGUCGGAGGGAUAAAAGCGACGUCUAAACAGAAUCAUAUCUGGUGAGGAAAAAAAUCUGAAGAAGAAACUUGCCUACUGAACCCAUGGGAAGGGUGCAAAACUCUGUGAAUGCAUUUUCUCUGCAAUGUUGGGUCCCUCCAACCAAAGACAUAUAAGUGCCUGUGUCUACUGUGUAUAUAUUUGUAGAACUCCUAUUCAGUACAGAAGCAGUUUGUCUGAGCCCACCUCACCUCCCCCCUGUGCCAUCCUAAUUUGUGUCUGCAAGGAAAAGAUCAGCAGUACCCCAUGACAGCGGAUGGAGGAACGGGACUAAAGCGUUUCAUUCUCUAUGAUAAAUCUGUCACGUUCUUUAACCUUCUGAUAGCCGAAGUUCUCCCAUUCCAUGUUCACAACAGCUUCAUCUGUACUUGAGGGUGACUGUCUGGGAUCCUGAAAGAACUUUUCUUUUUGCCUUUUUGCUUGUCCAUUUGUGUCUUGUUGUUAUUUUGUUUUUAUCCUGUGUCACUUCCUUCCUUAGUUUGGCAUUGAGGUGCAAUGUGUCUUAACUGGGUGGAUAAGAAACCGGCCAUGGGGCCCUGUUUGAUAACAGAUGCCGAAGCUGGUAAAUAAUUUGGACGUGUCCCUGGCUUACUGCCUCAAGUAGUAGUGAAGAGAGGAUGAGUGGCAUAUUUACCUCAGUCAUGCGCAAAGUUUUAUUAUUAUUAUUAUUUUUUUCUGUUUUAGUCUAUUUCUACUAGUUGACUCAAAACCAGACUUUUAGGUUCCAAAUUUCCCCUGAAUUGUAAUUUUAUCAGUCACUGACCAUCCUUUCUACUUCUGUGUGACUCUUCCCCCUAGUGAAACUUAAGACAGAGGCCGUCGCCAUAUCUCGAUGUACUCAAGAUGGUGUUGGAAUCUUAAAGCACUUUAAGUGUAUGGGUGUAUUUUAUUGGAUAUUCUGUUGGAUUUUACACAUUCAUUGCUUAUAGGACUCAGUAUGUACUUGCCUUUUUCAGUUUACUAUUCAAUGCUUCUCUGGCAGCGGCUCAAUAGUCAUGAAUAGCUUCUGUUUUUGUUUUGCUUUAUGAAUUCACUGUAGGAUUGAAUGUACUUUACUACAGCAAAGCUAACACCGACAGUGCAGCACUCUGACUUUGAUAAUCAAUUGCAUCAUUUCCGAUCCAUUAUCUUUUUUUUUCUUGACUUUUUCUUUUUGAUAACGUCAUUGACAUCAUGAACACUUUUAUUUAUUUUGGCAGUGUAUCCCUUUAACCUAUUUCGUAAAACACACUGUUUUCUCUGCAGCCUUUUCAUAUGAAACAUAUAUAUAUAUAUAUUUUUUUCAUGAUUUUGUGGAAAUAAUAAGUAAGUUAGUAUGGGUUUCAUAAACCUAAUGUCAUAGCCUAGCCUGACACGAUGGCUGCCUAGUCAUGCAUCACACCUGCACCCUGUGCUCCAGACUCAGUGUCUGCUUAGGUUAUUUCCAUUCCCUUGAAACUCUGCUUCUUCUGACAUUCUGAUGGUGGUCACCGGUCUUUCCAUCACCACACAUUGAUAUGGCAUGAUCGUAAAGACGUAUGGCUUGUGGCAUCUACACUGGUUUUGGAAUAUGGCCACCACAAACAAAUCCAGUGUGCCCUAGAGCUAUGGCUGGCUGCAUGAGAGAUUUUAGGUCAAGCAAAUGUAUUUAAAAUGGCUGAUCCUUGAAUUCUUUGUCAAAUAGUGUGUGUGUGUGUGUUGUACACAAGCCCGUACUGUAAAAUGCCUUAAUGCCAUUAUUCAUUACUGAAACCAUCAUGCCACUCUGCUUUUCUCCUUCAUCCUAACAUUGAGUUGCAAGGUGUUUGUAGCAGAGCACGAUGAUUUGCCUUCUCAGAAAGUUGUUACGCUAGUACUUGACCACUCCUAACUGUACACAACAUGCAUCCUUGCAUAUCAUGGUGGACAUUAACUUCUAUAGCUUUGCAGGCAAUUCCUGGAGUUGUUUUCUUAAUUGAAAUGGGGGGAAAAUUACCUUUUGAGAUGUUUGGCCAAAUAUGUCAGUGAAUUUAAAACACUAUCACAUUUAGUGCACAUCAUUUGGAAUUUCCCACAACACAGUAUUGGGUUACAUUUGAGUGGAGCAUGCUUCAUGAGUAUAAUAUUUCAGGAAGUAAUUCACCUUUUUUUUUACCCCACCAUGUCUCAACUGUCUCUGAUUGGCAGUUCUAAUAGUCCUUUUCUUGUCUUGACAUUUUUCUGCCAGAACGACAUUUGCACCACAUGCAAGCACCCAUCUAGCCACAUAUGUGCCUUUGCACUGGCCACCUCUGACACCUUUGUAAAUAAUUGUGUUUUUUUCUGUUUCAUAACGUAAUGACGAAGGUUGUUGUUACAGUGACCUAAUGUUUCAUUAAACUGCUGUAAAUGAUAAAAGUAUGAGCAAAUCUGUCCAAUGUGCCGUACAUCUUGUGUGUUCACAUAGGCAUUUUCCCAUGUUAUUGUUUCCUUAAAACAUUGCAUUUGGGCCAGUAUGGUUUGGAUCCAAUCUUUGUUUUGCUUUGCCAGCUCAAAUAAUACUUGUCCAAUUCAUGUGAAUGAAUCUUAAGGUUUUCCUUUUGUAGCAACAAGACUAGAGUGAUUUUAAAUGUUUGGUUGUUUUUGAUUUAAGAUGAUUUGAACUGAACUCACAUGAACUGUGCACUGAGAUUUGUUUUCUUUGAAUAUUUGAAGCGCUUAUAGAGGAGCAAUACUGUUAGUAUUUAAUGUUCUCCCACGUGUCCAACAUACCUAUUUUAUUUCUCAUUUUGUAAUUUCUUAACUAUCAGAUUUGAUAGUGUAAUUCUGGGCAUGAGUGUUCGCCUAAAGGAGAGUGCAGUUUAUCGAACUAUUGUUGAAGUUUAAAUGAAUUGGUAUUGAUAUAUUUGCACAGAUGUCAUACUGUUUUUAACAGCAAGCCUGUGAAAUUCAUUUUGAAUUUAUUGAAAUUCACACAAUGCACCUGACACAUCAGAGAUUAUAUCCAUUUAAGUUUUUAACUGAUGGAAAUGGGCUCCAGAGAUAAAUCUGUCUCUUGCCUGACGAAGAUCUAGGAUUGAUCGACACAUUGCAGCUUACUUUUUUUGUAAGAGCAUCAAUACAGUGUAAUUUUUUCACUGUUCUCUUUGACCAUAGAGGAAGACCAGAAGAGACAGCAAAAUCUUGAGAAGUCAGAUGCUCUGAUCGUAGUUUACUGUCUCUCUUGUGGACUUGACGCUUUGAUGGAUGCUUGACCGCUGUCCCUUUUAAGUGACCUGGAGAGUGCCCUUUACACAGGUUGCUCUCUGGGAAGAGAACACGUGCUCCCACACUUCUUUCACCUGUCUUGUUGCAUGACUGUAAAUGUUACAACUGCUGUUAUGUUUGUAUGAAGACAAUCCCUGUUUCUGUGCUGUUUGUAAAAUACUGUAGGCACAUGCUUUGCUGAAUAAAAUCAAAUAUAACAGAUUCCAUCACUGGGAAGGGAAAAUA